GCAGCAUGUCGAGGACAGACAAGUGGGAAUCCGAGCGGGAUGCUGUGUUAAAAAUGACCGGCUACGGGAAGGUCGCGAUCGUGCUUGCACGCAGACCGGAGGUGUUCCUCAAAGCAAUCACCUAGUCUGCAUUUUAGUUUCUCCAAUGUCGAGUAGGCCACAUUGGGUGCAACGAAUACAAUACACAAGAUUGGAGGAGGUACAGGUGAAAUGCUGCUUCACCUGGAAAGAAUGUUUAGGCCAGCAGCUCAGCAGUGAUUGACAUGGAGAAUAUGGACGACACAUCUGGUUCAAGUUUUGAGGAUAUGGGAGAGAUGCAUCAGGAACUGAAAGAGGAAGAUGACGUUGGUGAGGAACCUGCACCAACAGAAGAUGAUGACAGUGCCUUCCUUGGUAUGAGGGGGCUAAAAGGCCAGUUGGGCCGUGAUGUAGCAGAUCAGGUGUGGCAGGCAGGCAAGAGGCAGGCAUCAAAAGCUUUCAAUCUGUAUGGUAAUAUUGAUAUUCUCAGACCAUACUUUGAUGUUGAGCCUAUCCAAGUUAGGAACAGGUUGCUGGAGUCUUUAAUUCCAGUCCGAAUGAUCAAUUUCCCUCAGAAAGUUGCAGGAGAGCUGUAUGGCCCUUUGAUGUUGGUUUUCACACUGGUGGCCAUUCUUUUGCAUGGGAUGAAAACAUCUGGGACGGUAAUCAGAGAGGGCACACUUAUGGGCACUGCAAUCGGAACCUGCUUUGGUUAUUGGCUGGGUGUUUCCUCCUUUGUCUACUUCCUGGGCUAUUUGUGUAAUGCACAGAUUACAAUGCUGCAGAUGCUGUCACUACUGGGCUAUGGUCUGUUUGGACCCUGCAUUGUGUUGCUUGUCACCUACAAUGUUCAUCUCCAUUCCCUUUUCUAUCUGUUGUGGCUUAUCAUUGGAGGACUGUCCACACUCAGAAUGGUCACAGUGCUGCUGUCUCGUACAGUUGGACAAACUCAGCGACUUGCUGUCUGUGGGAUGCUGGCUGCCCUGCAUAUGGUCUUCCUGCUGUACUUGCACUUUGCUUACCACAGAAUUGUAGAAGGUAUCCUCGAUACCUUGGAGGGACCCAAUGCUGGGCCAGUGAGAUAUCCUCGGAACAUACCAGAACUUCCCAUCACUUUGUCGAACAGCUCGGUGAAAUUGAUUGGAACCAGCCUGUAGAUGCAUCGACUCUGAAUUGAUUUUGCUUCUUUCUCCCUUGCACCAACUCUCCAUAGAGACAUUGGAUGUUUGCCGGGCUGUGUGCAAGGAAAGCCUUGUGUUUUUACUGUAUGCUGCUUCGACAGCAGUUUGUAUUCUGUAGAUAAACUCUCAUCGUGGUGGUGCAGGCAGGGGCAUGGUUGUCAAUUCCACUCCAUCUUAAUUGAUCAAAAUAAUCUGUACAUAAUUGAGCUGUAACCUUUUAAAGAUACAAAUAUCUGUGUCUGUGUAUGUUUAAAAUCUGGUACUAUUUAUGUGUUUACUCAGUGCUUGCAAGGGAUGCUGUACAGUUCAUGGCUGAUUAACUAAAUCACAUUCUCCUAUUCAGGCAGGAGAAUUUCCACAAAACAUAUCUGCUCCCCCUCGGAGUCAUCAUAAAAUGCCACUCUCCCUUCAUCCAAAACAAACCAAUUCCCAUCUUCCUCCAUGAGAAACAUAACCUACUGUCUCUAAAUUGACUAGUGAAGACAAUGUCUCAGAACUAGAUUGUGCUGUUAGCUCAUCCAAGAUACUACAGCUACGCAAGUACCUCAAAGCUAGGGAGGGAAGAUCCAUCUUGGAUUCUCUUCUGUCUACUCGCCGGGCACCUGUAUUGGGCGCUGAUAAGGACAGGGGCUGUCUCGGCAUCAGAGUCUGUUAGCCUGUUAAUGCCCCCUGUCAAGGCUGAAGUAUACUCAAUAAUUGCUGAGUGAAGGACAGUCCUUGGGAACCUCUCCAUUAGGGAGUCAUUGCCAUUGGAGAGAGGGGAGAAAUUUCAGAUUGAAGUAAAUUGUUACAAAUGAUGAAUUAUUAAUGUAAAGCUCAGUGUGCAAUGUAACAUUGGCACUGUUUUUAGUUGGUACAUGUUAUUACUUAUUUUCAGUCUGUUUUCCAGCUCUUCUUUCAGUUCAUAUUAAACUGAGGCCAAUCUUCCCUCUUCA